ACGACGCCAGCGCCGCCACCGCCGCUUUCCCGUCGGGGAGUUCAUCCCGAUCUCCGGCAUCGCAAGGAUGAGAUGAUUCCCCCUUCACUCCCGGUUGCUCCUUUCCUGAAUCUUCCCAAUGGAUGUCGCCUCGCCCAGCCGACGUUUGGUGUUCAUUCAACAACCCUUUAGGUUCCCGUAGGCGGUGAUGCCGCGGCUAUGUCCGUCGACCAGCCGCCGACCCAGGUGCUCGACCUUCUGCAUCGCCAUCGGCCUUCUCAGUUUCUUCAACCUCCUCAUCCUCGUUGCGUUCCACCGAUGGGAGCUCGUCUCACAGACAUCGCCCUUGGGCAACUUCAAAAACUCCUCCGGUAAAACAGCGCACGACGCAACCGAAGACGGGCCCUUGUCGUCCAUCAGCCAGUACGGGCUUCAGAACGGUCAGGCUGACGUCCACAUCCUCGACGUCCUCAUCAACAGGACGCCGUUCACCUUUGAUCCCAAUGUCUUCAGAGCGUCUGCCAGUAAGAAGUACAGGAUCUCCAGCAACGUCUUGCUUCCCGACACCGAGGGCAAAACAGAGAGCGCUAUAUGUCUCGCGACUCAAGGAUCCCUGGGGAGACUUCAUUGGCUCAUGCUCCUGGCAGAACUCUGGGACGCUCCGGUGUCCGUCGCAGUGUUUGUCUUCUCCAGGAUUGAGCUUGACGUCGCCAAAGCCUAUAUAUCUCUCGUACGAUCGUGCUCCGACGGGGUACGAAGAAACUUUAGGUUUCACAUAGCGUACCCUAGCGACGAGAACCUGGGCGGUACGUCCAACAUGCCCAAAUGGUCCGAGGUCGUCAAAGAACGACUGUCGUGCCCGAAUCACGGCGCCGUUUUGAAUAAUUUAUUGCAGCUAACCAAGAAGCAAGUGGUGAAAAACCGACAGAAGUUGCUUUACCCGCAAAAUCACUUGCGGAACAUCGCCAGGGACGGGUGUGAACAAGAGUUUUUCUUCUUAACGGACAUUGAUGUAAUGCCGAGACCGGGACUGGCCCGUGACCUAGACGUCUUCCUGCGCAACCGCCCUCCUUGUUCCAAGUGCAUCUAUGUCGUUCCUACAUACGAGACAUCGAAAUCGACUCCUGUGCCAAAGACCAAGUCGGAACUGUUGCAUAUGGUUAGGGUAAAGAAAGCACGUCCGUUUCAUCAGAAAGUGUUCAUUUAUAACCAGUACGCGACGAACCACAGAGAAUGGGAAAGGAUAACUACGACGGCGACAAAGCCGAUAGCUGCUGCGUACAGGGUGCGCAAGUACGAGUUCUUUUAUGAGCCUUUCUACGUGGCUUCCAAGGACAUACCUCGCCACGACGAGCGCUUCGUUGGCUAUGGCUUCACAAGGAAUACGCAAGUGUACGAAAUGUACUUGGCGGGGUUCGAGUUUUGGGUCUUGGACAACGCGUUCGCCGUGCACCAAGGCAUGGAGAACCCUCACGGCCGGGACUACUGGCGCGAGAAGCAGAAUGCCCUCAACAGGAAGCACUUCAUGGUCUUCAAGAAGGAAAUGGCUAAAAAGUACUCGCCGACCGCCGUCAACCACGCAACAUCCUCAACGACGUCGUCGACCAAGACGUCCUCCGCGGGAUCCAGGCAAAGUGGAACGGUGCAUUGACUACCUGCGCUGCCGCGAUUUUUCACAUUAGUGAUGGGUGGUGCGGAAUGUACCAAGUGCGCAAGUGCAAUUUUACAACACCGGUACUUUAUUUGACAGUGCACUCACAAUCGACGCAGUGCAGAUUACUUUUAUCUGUUUUUAGCGGGACAUUGGGGACAAGCGUUCGUGUGGUCCCGGAGUACACGAGAAGCUGCAAGCUUGACGGAAAGUUUUCCCCCCCUCUUAUGAAUUAUUGGCACAUCCAAGCAGAGCCGUUCCGAUGCCUUCGCCAGAGGGGGCGCUGGGCGGCAGGUUCCUUAGGUUCCAGGAGCUUAGGUCGGGGGUCUGGUUGGGGGGGGGGGGGAGAUUCGCGUAAUCUCGACCCAGGCGGAAGCUCGCCUCGGAACGGCUCGGCUGCAUCCAAGUGUUCUAUUUCUACAGGAAUCUCUGAGUGUACAGUAUACCCAAAGAGGGUAGAAAAAUCCUAAUGGAAGGAAGGCAGCUCCACAAAGUUUAUCACUCUCAUUUUGUGUUAUCAACAACGUGACCAACAGGGAGAACAAAAACAACACUGCGUGGCAAAGAGAACUGGUACCAUAGGAGUUUUGACAGAGAAGAUAAAAGAUGACAAGAGAAAUCAAACUCUGUGACACGCAUGUUGGAAACUAAAGACAAAGUUUUCGUAAGAUCGAUGGGCGAUCUACUUUAUAGGUCACGGUGACUUUGAGUUACGUGCGUUCAUCGCAGGUGUUAUUAACCAAUUUGGGGGUUAUAACCUUGCCUUGAGAUAUGGGAAGUGUUUCAUGGCUCCAUUUCUUGCCCAUGGGUAUCGGCUGUACCGAUGCUAUUUUUAAUUAUUUAUUUCAAGCUUCAUUGUUGCAUAUGUUUGUGGCACGAACUGCUUCAGAUUUAACGUUUCGCUCGCGGUAUGUAACUCGAGGUGGUAACGGACUUCUAUUUUAUUAAAUAAAUUCGCGAGCAAAACAUACGGGCCCCGUAUGUAUUUGCUUACGCGCUGGUUUAACGUGGAGGCUGUACCUGACCGUGUUUUGCACGGAGUCGCAUUUUCAAUUAGCGCUUUAAUAAGAUAGGAAGUCGUCAGUUACCGUCAAUGUUAUAUGAAAUGUACCUGAAAACAUUCACUGUGUAACGUAAGGAAAAAAAAUCAUAAUCCAGAAAUGCAGCACCUUUAGCGAUGGAACAUAAUCAUUUAAAACGCGGUAUAGAGCAUCAGCUAGAGUGUUGGGUUAGAGUAGUGUUGUAUCUAUUGCUUACUAGUAAGUGUGGCAUAAUCAGUGACUGAGAAACGUACCUAAUUAGAAACACAAGGUCCAUGCAUCCCUUGCAUGAGUAAGCGUGUUAAACACUGACUAUAGUUCCUGACAUUAGCCGAUCUCUCAACUAUCAUCCGGCUCUCAUAGUUGCCAUCAAAAUGAAUCUCGGCCAAAGAGCUGAUGUUUUGUAGGCAACACUGUUCAUAACUGCGUAACGGCGACGGUUUUGUUAGCUUUCGUUAGUGAGACACAUUCAAUCUACGGCCACUGCGUCAAAGCGAAAAGCAAAUGUACAUAGCAGCGAUGGGGAGUGCUUCAAGUACCAAUUAUUCAUGUACUACUUUAAGUACAUUUCUGAGUACUCGUAACUUCACUUUAAGUACAUUUCAAAUUGCGUACCUUGUACUGUACUUAAAGUACUUUUCUCUCGUGCGUUCCUGUCAGGUAUACCCAAUUAAGUAUGCAACUGGGACUCGAGACAAAAUUAGGGAAAUACAAUAAUAAUUUCUGUGUCACGAAAAGGCAUUUUUGGGCAAGAAAAUCAAUUGUUGACGUUCCAAAAACGAAAGUCCAACGUUCACAUGUUAUUAUACCUAGUACUUUCAUAUUGUUCUAGGGGUCUUCCCACUACUACUUGACACAAUCACAGCACAGCUCAUUACCUCUGUGCAUGUAAAUAAAAAUAUCAUCUGAUUCAGUUCAUAUUCACGAGUAAGCAGUUGACAAGCAGGUUUUCAUAGCACUUGCCAAAAAUACUUACUAAAAUUUUGCUAAUAAAUCGGAACCUUUCAAAACAGUGAAACGCAAAGGGAUACAAACCAAAUUGGCAAUGUACUUGAUGAGUACUUUAAGUACUUCGUUUAACUACUUGAAGUACAUUUGCAAUGAGGUGCUUUGUACUGUACUUGAAGUACUAAUGAUGCCAGGUACUUAGAACUUUACUUGAAGUACAGUUUUGAGGUGCUUUGCCCAUCACUGCAUAACACAAUACCGUGGUAUACCAACUAUGUGUUGACAGAAGUCAAGACAUGAUAUAUUGUCUCCACUGUGUGGGACUUUUUUUGUCACUUCGUCGUACAGAGUACGUGCUGUGUUAAUAAAGCUUCUUCUUAUGUGUUUACAAGACUUCAGACGUACUUAUAUGGCUCGCUAUUCGGGCAAGAAAAAUCACUUCAAUUAAAUAAAGCGAUCAUAUGAAUCAAUGUGUAAUGGGCUGGGCAAGCUAGCAAUACCGAACGAAAUAAAUCGGCUAACACCGA